UUCACCUACCCCCACAACUCCCUCUCCUGUCUUUCUUGCUUCUCCAGCAAAAAGCAGUCUCAAUCUCAAAAUGCUUGCCAGACCACUGGUUACAGAAUACAUACACCACAAUUUUCAAAAACCUCUUUUCCUUUAUCACCACAAAACCCCUGUUGCAAUCGGAAGCCAGCCUCAUGGCUUCCACCGCAAACGCACUAUCGCCUUCUCUCUCCGCUGCCAAUUCUUCCAUAUCCAAGCCUAAAGCUUUGCACGAUUUCUAUCUACGCUUCAAAAACCCUAACGCCAUAUCUUUGCGCUACAAACGGGUGGGUCUUCCGGUGCUGAGUUUGAGCGGAAUUACGUCGCCGAGGGUAUCUGCCAGUUCUGCUCAGGUUAUGCAUCAAUCUGUUGGUGAAGCAAGUUCUAAAGCCCCUACUAUUGUUGAAGUCGAUUUGGGCAACCGGAGCUACCCGAUCUACAUUGGAUCUGGACUUCUUGAUCAACCUGAACUGCUCCAAAGGCAUGUCCAUGGGAAGAGAGUGCUUGUGGUGACUAACAACACAAUAGGACUAUUAUACUUGGAUAAAGUGGUUGAUGCAUUAACAAGAGGGAAUCCAAACGUUUCCGUGGAGAGUGUCAUAUUGCCUGAUGGUGAGAAGUACAAGAAUAUGGAAACUCUUAUGAAAGUCUUUGACAAGGCCAUUGAAUUAAGAUUGGAUAGACGGUGUACAUUUGUUGCACUUGGAGGAGGUGUUAUUGGUGACAUGUGUGGAUUCGCAGCUGCUGCUUUUCUUCGAGGUGUUAAUUUCAUUCAGAUUCCUACAACUGUUAUGGCACAGGUGGACUCUUCCGUUGGAGGAAAAACUGGGAUAAAUCACACACUUGGGAAGAACCUGAUUGGAGCAUUUUAUCAACCUCAGUGUGUACUCAUAGACACAGACACGCUAAACACUCUGCCGGAUAGGGAAUUGGCAUCAGGCCUUGCAGAGGUCAUAAAGUAUGGUCUUAUAAGAGAUGCCAAAUUUUUUGAGUGGCAGGAAAAGAAUAUGCCAAAAUUAAUGGCAAGGGAUCCAAGUGCAAUGGCAUAUGCCAUAAAGCGUUCAUGUGAAAAUAAGGCUGAAGUUGUAUCAUUGGAUGAAAAGGAAGGUGGAUUGAGGGCAACAUUGAACUUAGGUCACACAUUUGGCCAUGCGAUAGAAACUGGUUUUGGAUAUGGGCAGUGGCUUCAUGGUGAAGCUGUUGCAGCUGGCACGGUCAUGGCUGUUGACAUGUCAUAUCGCCUUGGUUGGAUUGAUGAUUCUAUUGUGAAACGAAUCCACAACAUUCUACAACAGGCCAAGUUACCGACCACCCCACCAGAAACCAUGACUUUGGAAAUGUUCAAGUCUGUCAUGGCGGUAGAUAAGAAGGUAGCUGAUGGGCUGCUAAGGCUUAUCCUGCUGAAAGGCCCUCUUGGUAAUUGUGUAUUCAGUGGUGAUUAUGAUGGAAAUGCCCUAGAUGAUACGCUUCAUGCAUUUUGCAAGUCAUGAUUGCUGUUCUGGAUAUUUUUGUUCCUAGCUACACCUGCAUUCAAUUGUUGUGUCUGAUAUGUUUUGAAGGUCUUACCAGUAUUUUUAAGUUUGGUCAUUUAAGCUAGCAAAGAUGGUUACUGAGUUGUAAUUUGGUAAUUAUGCAUUGGUGAAUAAAGUUAUCUAUUUUCUUCUUUA